GCCCCCGCCCGGGUCUCCGCGACGCCCCGACCUCGACCCCGACCCCGGUCCCAGCCACGCCCCCGACUCAGGCCACGCCCACGUUCACUGCCCAGCUCCCGGCCGCGUUUCCCUAAGCGUCCUGCUCCUGCCAUGGCGCUGCUGGGUCGGGUUUCCUUUGCUCGAGGUCGCGGUCCUCGGCGGUUUUUCAGUUAUGGAACGAAAAUAUUAUAUCAAAGCAGUGACACUUUUCAGUCUAAAUUCUUUCCACCCCUUCAAAAAGCGAUGCUGCCACCUAACAGUUUUCAGGGGAAAGUGGCCUUUAUCACCGGGGGAGGCACUGGCCUUGGCCGCGGGAUGACCACGAUCCUCUCCAGCCUGGGGGCCCGCUGUGUGAUAGCCAGCAGGAAGAUUGAUGUUUUGAGAGCCACUGCAGAGCACAUUUCUUCUCAAACUGGAAAUGAGGUUCGGGCGGUGCAGUGUGAUGUGCGGGACCCUGACAUGGUCCGCAGCGCCGUGUCGGAGCUGAUCAGCGUGGCGGGCCUCCCUGACGUUGUGAUAAACAAUGCAGCGGGCAACUUCAUUUCUCCCACGGAGAGACUGUCCCCCAACGCCUGGAGGACCAUCACGGACAUAGUCCUGAACGGCACGGCCUUUGUCACCCUGGAAGUGGGGAAGCAGCUCAUUAAGGCUCAGCGAGGAGCCGCAUUUCUCGCCAUCACCACCAUCUACGCGGAGAGCGGGUCGGGCUUCGUGGUGCCCAGCGCUUCCGCCAAGGCCGGGGUGGAAGCCCUGAACAAGUCUCUUGCAGCGGAGUGGGGUAGAUAUGGGAUGCGAUUCAACGUGAUUCAACCAGGGCCCAUAAAGACCAAGGGUGCCUUCAGCCGCCUGGACCCGACCGGAGCGUUUGAGAAGGAGAUGGUGAACAGGAUUCCCUGUGGCCGGCUGGGGACUGUGGAGGAGCUGGCCAACCUUGCCGCCUUCCUGUGCAGCGACUACGCUUCCUGGAUCAAUGGGGCUGUCAUUAGAUUUGAUGGUGGGGAGGAAGUAUUUAUCUCCGGAGAAUUCAACAGCCUGCAGAAGGUCACCAAGGAGCAGUGGGACACCAUGGAAGAGCUGAUCAGGAAGACAAAAGGCUCCUGAGACACCCUGGCCUUCCUCUGGGUUACCGUGGAAAUGACACAAACUGCUGAUACUCUUUUGAAUAUUUUCCAGUCUAAUAAAUUGUUAAUUAACAAACA